AUGAUUACAGUUAUUAAGUCAAAGAAUGGGUCUGUUCUUUUCCAGAUGGUAGCCAAGAAAUUGAUGUGCAAGGCCGCUCCCACUACUUUAUAUAAAGCAUCAGUUUAUAGUAAUUUUUUCAGACAGAUCUCUACUAAUUGAACAUGUCAAAUGCAAAGAGGUUUACAUUGCCACAAAGGUAUGCUGGUACCAAAGAAAGUGUAUGGACGGAAUACAUACAAAUGGCCAUUGAUUACAAACCCCUGAAUUUGGGACAAGGAUUUCCAGAUUAUCCACCACCCCAAUACAUCAUGGAUACCUUGAGUAAAGUAGGAAACGGUCCAGACUAUAUGCUACACCAAUACACCAGAGGUUUUGGACACCCAAGACUAGUUAAUGCCCUCGCCAAACUAUAUUCAAAGUUGAUCGGUAGAGAGAUCAACGAACGCACUGAAGUUUUGACAACUUGUGGAGCUUAUGAAGCUUUAUUUUCUGCUAUAAUGGGCCACACUGAAGUCGGUGAUGAAGUUAUUAUCAUUGAACCUUUUUACGAUUGCUAUGAACCAAUGGUGAAAUACGCUGGUGGAAUUGCUAGGUUCAUACCACUGAAACCAAAACCUGUGGAAGGAAGACUACUCACUUCAGCUGACUGGGUAUUGGACAAAGCUGAAUUAGAAGGGUUGUUUAAUAGCAAAACCAAAAUGAUCAUCUUGAAUACCCCUAAUAAUCCACUGGGUAAAGUUUUCACUGAACAAGAGUUGACACAUAUAGCAGAUUUGUGUAAAAAAUGGAAUGUUCUAUGUGUGUCUGAUGAAGUUUACGAAUGGAUGGUCUAUAAACCACAUAAACACAUCAGGAUUGCUACUCUACCAGGGAUGUGGGAAAGAACGAUCACGAUUGGAUCUGCUGGUAAAACAUUCAGUGUUACAGGGUGGAAGGUUGGAUGGGCUUAUGGCCCAGCUGAUUUGAUGGUGAACUUGCAAAUGAUACAUCAAAACAGCGUGUAUACAGGAGUGACACCCAUACAAGAAGCCACUGCUAUAGGUUUUGAAAAAGAGAUGGAAAGAUUGGGAUCAGAAGAAUGUUAUUUUGUAACUUUACCUAAAGAGCUCCAAGCCAAAAGAGACUUUAUGACUAAGUUCUUAGUUGAUGUGGGUAUGAGACCUACAAUACCAGAUGGUGGAUAUUUUAUGAUAGCUGAUUGGACUCCUCUUGAGUCGCAGGUUGAUCUCAGUUCAGAAAAAGACGAAUACAAAGACUAUAAAUUUACAAAGUGGAUGACAAAAAAUGUGGGUCUUCAAGGCAUACCUCCCUCUGCUUUUUACAGUUCACCUGAUAAACAUUUAGCAGAAAAAUUCGUGCGAUAUUGCUUUUUCAAGAAAGACGAGAACUUGCAAAAAGCAGCCGAUAUUUUGGAUAAAUGGAAAUCAUCCAGACAGUGA